AAAAAGCGUACCCAGAUCUGUAUACUCAUGUGCGCGUCCAUGGCAUCUUUGUUUUGUUUAACCAAUUACCAGAGGACCAGACCCAGUUGGAGUACCCUUUUCUAUGUGGCUGCUGCUUCUUCCUCUUCAUCCCUUCACCUCACCAACUUCAACAAACAGCUUUGCUACUACCACUACAGUACAAUCCACGUCUUCAUCAAAUCCGAUCUUCUCUUUCGGUCCCUCCUUCCCGCCUAUUUCCGUCUCAAAACCCCUUCUUCAGGUUCAGGAUGAAAGCGACAAACCCAGAAAUAGGCUCAUCACAUGGUCAAGGGGUUGUGAAUAUGGCAACAAGCGGAAACAAGAAAUUAGAGAGGUAUGCGGUGGUUACAGGGGCGAACAAGGGUAUUGGCCUUGAGACUGUUCGUCAAUUGGCGAAGUCUGGUGUGAUGGUUGUGUUAACAGCCAGGGAUGAGAAGAGGGGUACGGAGGCUGUAGCCUCACUUCAGAAGUUGGGGUUGUUUAAUGUAUGUUUUCAUCAACUUGAUGUUCAAAGCCCAGAAAGUAUUGCAUCCUUGGCUGAGUUUAUGGAAAACCAAUUUGGAAGGCUUGAUAUAUUGGUAAACAAUGCUGGAGUUUCUGGAGUGGUAACUGAUCAAGAUGCCUUAAGGGCCUUAAAUAUAGAUUCUUCCUCUUGGCUCUCAGGCAAGGCUACCGACUUGGUUCAGAGUGCGAUUAAAACAACCAACGAGAAGGCAGAAGAAUGCUUGAGUACCAACUACUAUGGCUGCAAGAGAGUAACGGAGGCUCUUCUUCCACUGCUGCAGCUUUCUCCUUCAGGAGCAAAUAUUGUCAACGUCUCUUCCCUCCGUGGCGAGUUAAUGCGGAUUCCUAACGAGCAUAUCAGAGAACAACUUGGGGAUCUAGACACUCUAACUGAAGAGAAAAUUGACAGGAUUGUAGUAAAGUUUUUGCAUGAUCUGAAACAAGACGCGCUCGAAGCCAACGGAUGGCAGAAAAUGCUUCCUGCUUAUAGCAUAUCCAAGGCCGCACUCAACGCCUAUACGAGACUUGUCGCCAAGAGGUACCCCAACCUUCGAAUAAACUGCGUCCAUCCUGGAUACGUUAAAACAGACAUAAAUUGGCAUACGGGGACAAUGACACUGGAAGAGGGAGCAGAAGGACCGGUCAUGUUGGCUCUUUUACCUGAGGGAGGUCCUACUGGUUGCUAUUUCGAUCGUACAGAAGUGGCUGAGUUUUGACUUGUGAUUUUGUCCCGUUUCUACUCGUGGCAGAUAGUCAUGAUCAUCUUAAUGCUUAACAACAGGGCAUUGUGCCACCUGAAUGAGUCUUAGCAUCACAUUUUCAUUUCUCAGGAUUCUUUUUGUGUUUGCAGCAGUAUUUGUUGUUGGCCUGCUGCCCAUAUUUCGGUGCCAUCUAUGCAAUAGUGGAGAUUCCGAUAGAUUUUGUGUGCAA